AUGCAAUCGCUCAGUUUCAUAUCCUGCACCGACAUACUACGCACAUUUAGUUGCAGCAAGAGGCAAACAGUACACAAUUGGUCGGUUAAGACAAGACAACUCAGCGAGGAAAAUAGCGAAGAAAAUCGUAUACAAAAUUUUGGAAGACUUUGCGACAGCAAAAUGGACAACAUUAUGAAAUUUGAUAUUGGUUUCGGCGGAUUCAUAUCAAUCAGGAAAAUUCAUGAUGGUGGGAAAAUAACAGCAAUUGCACCCAGGAAGAUACAGACACCGACGAACGAAGAAGAAAGAAGAAAUUUUGAUGAGCACGACGAGAGCAAAUGGAAAAAGUUCCUCGAUGCAAAAAGAAACUUCAAAAUGAAUGAAGCAAUAAUUAAAGGCAAUUCGAACCCGGAGCUUAUUAAAGAAUUUAAGCAUUUUCUCUUCUUAUUUUCUAAACAGAUGAAUUAUCUAUCAACGCUGAACAUGACAACGAACUUUCAACAAUACUGGCGAACCCUCGAUCUUGAGCCAGAAGAACAUGAUGUAGACAUCAACCUCUUCCAGUUCGAGACUGAAAGUCUUACAGCCUUUCAAGACUGA